GUGGAACCUCAACAGGCAUGAACGAGAGGAGACUAAUGGUUCCGUUUAUCAGCUCCUGGAUGGAUCAAGUGAUGCUCAAAGAGGAGUACUACAAGCUCUUGGGUUUAUCAGCUCAGGAUCCUUGACUGUGGCAGCAGGGAGAAAACCCACAAGAAUGCUGAUGCAAAACAGUUUUGGGAUGAACUUUGCCAGCGCAAUGAUUGCAUUUGUUGGGACUGCUGUCCUCUCUGCACAUUUGGCACUCAAUACCCAGAAGUUCAAGAGUUGCCAGUCUUCACAGCCACAUGACUUAUGCGUUUACCUGGGUUCCUUAUCAAAUGGCCUGGUGUCUCUAAUGCUGAUCCUUACCCUGCUGGAACUGGCUGUGACCAUUUCAGUCUCUGUCAUGUGGUGUCUUGGAAAUUUUUGUGGUUCGAGAGAGGCAAUUUCUUUACCUCCUAAGUCUACAGAAUCAGGAAUAAUAACCCCUGGUGGAAGCGAUUCUGAGAACCCAGACAGCCAGCCUCAAGUCACCACAGAGUGA